AUGCUGCCUCAAGACGUUUAUCGCUAUGGGAUUGGUCUUGCUGGUGCAAUAGCUGCCAUCGCAGUGACAGAGGCUGCCGCGUCCUUGUUCAGGGGGGAGAGCCCAGAGAGAGAGGAUCAAUUCCACCAUAAGGACGCUCUAGUAAGCUUGCUUCCACUGAUUGGAUCUUCAAGUGUCAGCACUGCUUGCUUGUUGGGCAUCACUGGAGUUUUGGCUCCAAUUCUUGAGGAAACUAAGUUUAAACUAGUGUGUUGGAAAGUAGAGGCUGGAUUAACUAGUAAUCUGCCAUCCAGGCGAUAUUGUUUGGUUCACUUCUAA